UCCACUUCCUCUUAUUUCCUCUCUCUCUCUCUCUCUCUCUUUCUCAAUCUCACACCUAACCUUUCCCUUCUCUCUCUGGAUGACCUCCUAAGCUUAACAGCAAACUCCCUAGGGUUUCCACUUUCUCUUCCAAUUCAUCCAUGGCGUCACAAAUCGAACAAGGAACAGGAGGUGAGAGAGACUUAGAGAAGGGACUGACGAUGACUCCAACGCCAUCAUCGACUCAAAACCCUCUCGCCGAGACCUCUCCUUCGCCUUCACCGUCGCCGUCUCCGUCUCCGUCUCCGUCUCCAUCGGCGACAGCCACGGCUCCGGCGUUAGUUCUAUCCAAUUCCGGCAAGCGGAUCGAUCAAGCCGGGAAGAAGAAGUACGUGAAGCAGGUGACUGGCCGGCACAACGACACCGAGCUCCACUUGGCGGCGCAGCGCGGCGAUCUGGCCGCCGUGAGGCAGAUACUCGGAGAUAUCGAUUCGCAGAUGAUGGGGAAUUUGAGCGGCGCGGAAUUAGCGGCCGAAGUCGCGGAAGUCCGGGCUGCGGUUGUGAAUGAAGUGAAUGAGUUGGGAGAGACGGCGCUGUUUACGGCGGCGGAUAAGGGGUACCUAGAUAUUUUGAAGGAAUUGUUGAAGUAUUCGACUCCAGAAACUCUUACGAAGAAGAACCGGUCCGGGUUUGAUCCGUUGCAUAUAGCUGCAAGUCAAGGCCACCAUGCCAUUGUCCAGGUGCUACUAGAUCAUGACCCUGGGCUCAGCAAAACAAUCGGCCCAUCAAAUGCAACUCCUCUUAUAACUGCAGCUGCAAGAGGCCAUACAGAAGUAGUUAAUGAACUACUGUCAAAGGAUUGUAGCUUGUUGGAAAUCUCUAGGAAUAAUGGGAAAAAUCCAUUGCAUUUGGCUGCCCGACAGGGGCAUCUUGGCGUUGUAGAAGCAUUGCUGACCAAAGAUUCACAGUUAGCACGAAGGACUGACAAGAAGGGGCAGACUGCUCUGCAUAUGGCUGUAAAAGGGCAGAGCUGUGAGGUGGUGAAAUUGCUUCUUGGUGCUGAUGCUGCAAUUGUUAUGCUUCCUGAUAAAUUUGGCAAUACAGCGUUACAUGUAGCCACAAGGAAAAAGCGAGUAGAGAUAGUGACUGAGUUGUUAUCCCUUCCUGACACUAAUGUCAAUGCACUGACCAGAGACCACAAAACAGCUCUUGACAUAGCUGUAGAGCUUCCCCUUUCCCCAGAGUCGUCAGAUAUAAAGGACUGCCUUUUGAGAUAUAAUGCUCUCAGAGCUAAUGAACUGAACCAACCAAGGGAUGAGUUGAGGAAAACUGUGACUCAAAUUAAAAAUGAUGUUCAUAUCCAGCUUGAACAAACAAGGAAAACUAACAAAAAUGUUCAUAAUAUUUCUAAAGAGCUCAGGAAACUUCACCGAGAAGGUAUCAACAAUGCCACUAACUCAGUUACUGUGGUGGCUGUGCUAUUUGCCACCGUUGCCUUUGCAGCUAUUUUCACUUUGCCUGGUGGGGAUAAUGAUAAUGGUUCGGCUGUGGUGGCGAAAUCAAUUUCUUUUAAAAUUUUCUUCAUCUCCAAUGCCGUUGCACUUUUUACAUCGUUGGCUGUUGUGGUUGUUCAAAUUACACUGGUUAGAGGCGAGACAAAAGCCGAAAAACGGGUAGUGGAGAUAAUUAACAAGUUGAUGUGGUUGGCUUCUGUGUGCACUUCGGUGGCAUUUAUGGCAUCCUCAUAUAUUGUGGUUGGGAGGAAGCAUAAAUGGGCUGCGAUUUUGGUUACAGUUGUGGGGGGAGCAAUAAUGGCUGGGGUUCUUGGCACCAUGACUUAUUAUGUGGUGAAGUCGAAGAGGAAUCGUUCAAUGAGGAGGAGAGACAAGAGUAGGAGCAUGUCCAACUCGUGGCCGCAAUCUGAAUUCUCCAACUCAGAAGUUGAUCGGAUUUAUGCCCUUUGAUUGGGGGACUUUUAGUAUUGGAAGUAUGUAGGACUAUAUAGACUGGAAAAUGCAUGCAGAAGAGAGUACAAACGUGUUUAGGUAUGCCUUUAAGAAUCGCUUUGGUAUUCAAUAAGAAACAAUACCUCUAACAGUUACAUUCUUGUGCAUGUCUAUGUAUUCCCACAUCCCUGCAGGCUUAUUUUUUGGGAUCCAAAACUUGGAAUGAUAAAAUCAUGUAAUGUUGCUUUUAAUAUGAGAUAUGUAAGUACAGAUGUUGAUCUCAGUAACAGUAGUUAACCACCUCUGCUCC